AUGAAGAUAUCCCAAAAGUAUCGAGAGAUGGAGAAGCUGAAUUUUGUGAAAAACGGUGUCCUGAGACUGCCACCUGGGUUCAGGUUCCACCCGACGGAUGAAGAACUUGUGGUACAAUACUUGAAGCGUAAGGCCCAGUCUUGCCCUUUGCCGGCAUCCAUCAUCCCUGAGGUCGAUGUGAACAAGUCUGAUCCAUGGGAUUUACCAGGUGAUUUGGAGCAGGAGAGGUUCUUUUUCAGCACCAGGGAAGUCAAGUACCCGAACGGAAACCGCUCCAACCGGGCAACCAUAUCCGGAUACUGGAAAGCAACCGGAUUAGAUAAGCAAAUUGUGACCUGUCGGACCAAUCAAAAUCAAGUAGUUGGCAUGAAGAAAACUCUGGUUUUCUAUAAAGGAAAACCCCCAACCGGGUCUCGAACCGAUUGGAUCAUGCAUGAGUACCGUCUUGCCCUUGCUACCCAAAACCCGACCACCCAGGGUAUGGAGAACUGGGUGCUGUGCAGAAUUUUCUUGAAGAAACGAGGGAACGGGAACAAGAACCAGGAAGAAGAGAAAGAGACACUUGAGGUUGAGGUUGAACCCAAGUCGAACCCAGUUUUCUAUGAUUUCUUGGCAAAAACAAAGCCAAAAACGGCCGAUUUGAAUCUAUUACCGGCUUCGUCAUCCUCUGGUUCAAGCGGGAUCACCGAUGCUUCUGUUUAUGCUUGCCGUGAGACGGAUGAACAUGAGGAGAGCAGUAGCAAUUGCGAUCAUGUUUCAACUUUUAGAAGAAAACAGUGGCCGUGAAAUCAAGAAUCUUUUAAUUUUCUAGUGUUUAAAAAAUACUAGUUUUAGUUUUACUUUUUUUUUUUUUAAAGGUUAAAUUUCCCAUCACUCAUCUCAUCAGAGGAGCAUUAUAAUAAUCCAAACCAAAUUUAGAUAUGUUAAAAUGGUUGUCCAUGGAAUGGAAUAUGGAAGAAGAGAACUAGAAACAAGGAAGGAAGGAAGAAAUAGAAACAGAAACAGAAACAGCUGUCCCUCCUAUUCUUUGUAAUCUCCUCUUCAAAUUUCACAACUUUUUGGUGAUUUAUUAUUAAUUCUCAAAUUUCUUUCCUUCUCAUCUUCAACUUCAACUUGGUUGGUUUUGUUUUUACACCAUCACAAUCAUUAUUUAAUCUUUUUCUCAUGUCAUGGGUCCCAUUUUAAACUAUUGCAAUUUAAGGUUCAAAAGUAAAAAAGGAUUAUUACUUGUAAAUCAAGGACCAAGCAAUUAGGAAGCAGUAUUGAAAAAACAGCACACAAUGGUUGCAACACAAAGAUUUACGAGGAGAAUUAAGAAUAUCUGUUCGUCAAUCAUAUUUUAUUUUAAGACAAAUGUUAUGCAAUCGACCUUAAAACGGACUAAAGACCCAACAUCCUUGACUUUUAAUCUCUCUCUCU